AUGAAUGAGCAACAACUUGAAGAUGAGUUAGUUGCUUAUGUCGAUCUACUAUCCGAUCCUCGAGAUCCCGACAAAGCGAGACGAAAUUGUGGUUCUUGUAUCAACUUGUUGAAAUUAAUGAAAAGACUGUGUUUCCUUCCUGAAAAAAUGCAGCUGGCUGCAAUGACAAAUAUAUGUAAAAGAUCAAAAUACGUUGAUAACCAAGUUUGUGAGGGCGUUGUCAGGGAGCAAGGGCCUGUUUUACGUAGAGUACUAAGGACAAUGGAUAUAUCAGGAAAGGAUGGUCAUCUACUCUGUGCUUCAGUAUUGAAUACAUGUCCAUAUCCAGCAACGGAACCUUGGAAACUGCCAUUUCCAAAAUUGAAGCCAGAAAAUCCAUAUAUGCACAAAAGAUCAAACAAAACCAUGACUGUGCUUCAUUUAAGUGAUUGGCAUGUGGAUCCUCAAUACGAGGCAGGAACGGAAACCUUCUGUACUAAGCCUAUUUGUUGCCGAAGUGAGUCUACCGACUUUAAUAACAUUCUCAGCGAAGCUUCACCGUGGGGUUCUUUCGGCUGUGACUCGCCGCUUGCACUCAUAGAAUCUAUGUUGGAAUAUAUCCCCAAUGCUGCGCCAAAUACGUCAUUUGCCAUUCUGACAGGUGACAUCCCCCCUCAUGAAGUAUGGGAGACUCUUCCUACUUACAAAACACAGAUGAUACAAGAUAUGUCGUACAAUCUAUUGCAUGCUCAUUUUGACACUUCAUUUUUGAUCAAUACCACCCUAUAUCCUGCAGUAGGAAAUCACGAGGCAGCGCCUACCAAUUUAUUUCCUUUACGCGAUUCCGACCUACCCUCUGGCGCUCGCCAUGACGAUUUUUCGAUGGCGUGGCUAUAUCAUGCAUUAAAAGAGAACUGGAAAGGCUGGAUCGACGAAAAGCAUUUGAAUAGAAUACAUCAGCAGAGUGGAAGUUACGUUAGUUAUCCUGUGGAUGGAUUAAAGUUAAUAAGCUUAAACACAAAUUUUUGUUAUAAUCUAAAUUGGUGGCUAUAUGAACGACCCAAGAAAAGGGAUCCCAAUGGUAUUUUGGAGUGGCUCAUAGGCCAUCUACAAAAAGCGGAAGAUAUGAAUGAGAAAGUUUGGAUUAUCGGCCAUAGUGCUCCUGGAGAUCCAAGUUGCUUCCAUGAUUAUUCCAACUACUAUUAUCAGAUUGUGGAAAGAUAUGCUCCGCAUGUGAUUGCAGGGCAGUUUUUUGGACAUACACACAGGGACGAGAUACAGAUUUUCUACAAGGAGGGAUCGCAGAAAGCCGAGGAUGCCAUCUCAGUCGCGUACAUUGGACCCUCUGUCACACCGUUCCCUGAUUUGAAUCCUGGGUUCAGAACAUAUACUGUUGAUGCUGAAACUUUCGAGGUGAUCGAGACACAUACUUACAUAACCAACCUCAACGAAUCUAUAGAGUGGAGUCGUUUGCCUCUUUGGUAUAAGGAAUACUCUGCGAAAGACUUGUAUGGCUCGAAUGAUAAUCCUUACACACCAUUGUCACCAGCUUGGUGGCAUCAUUUUACAGAAGAAAUGGAACUCAAUAACAACAAAUUUGAUCAGUAUUGGGUUAAUCGGUAUAAAUCCUCACCGUUAACGCCAGAAUGUGAUUUUGUCUGUCGUGUAAAUACCAUCUGCGGCAUGAGAGCAGGAAAGUCAGAGCUACGUUGUGACUAUAUACCAUCUGAGCCGACCAAUAGGCCGAUUAUACUAAACCGCAAAGACAAAGAUGCUUGCGGUAUCUCAUUGUUAACCAAAGAAUUUCGACAGUCUAAUGCAACACUAUAG